UUCAAAGAGGUAUACGACCACUGGGUGUCGAUUCCCUACUUAAACUUUUCCAAACCAGUUUAAAGCAACAGAUGAGCUUGAGAGUCUACACAUGCACACUUCCCUCUGGGAUACAUUUAUAAAUUCUGUGCAUAUUGACAGAUUUCAAUCGAAAAAAUGCGGUCUCUGUUGAGCCUGCUGCUCCUGCUAGCAGUUUGUUCCUGUGCAGUUAAUGCACUAAAAAUAUGUUCUUUCAACGUACAAUCGUUUGGAGAAACGAAGGCUGCUAAAGGACAUGUCAUGGCUAUCAUUGCCAAGAUUACUUCUCGAUGUGACAUCAUGCUCGUGAUGGAAGUGAAAGAUUCCACCGGAUCAUCAUUAGUGUCGCUGGUAAAUGAACUUAACAGAGGAGAUAGACGAAAGCCUUACACCUACAUCAUCAGCGAUCGCUUGGGAAGAAAGUCCUACAAGGAGCAGUACGCCUUUAUCUACAGACACACCAUGGUGAGUGUGUUGGACAGAUACCAGUAUAUGGAUGAGCAGGUCGGAGAUGUGGAUGCCUUUUCCAGAGAGCCAUUUGUUGUCAAAUUCAGCUCACCCACGACAGAUAUUAAAGAGUUCAUAUUGAUCCCACAACACACGACCCCUGAGGCCUCCGUAAAGGAAUUGGAUGAACUUUACGAUGUUUACAUGGAUGUUAAGAACCGCUGGAAAACAGAGAACAUGAUAUUUCUGGGAGAUUUUAAUGCUGGCUGCACGUAUGUGACACGGAAGAAGUGGAGUCAAAUUCGAAUUAGGAUGGAGGAAGGCUUCCACUGGCUGAUUGGUGACGAAAUAGACACCACAGUCAACGCGAACACCAGAUGCGCGUAUGACAGAAUCGUGGUUAAAGGUGAACCACUCUACAAAGCAGUUGUGCCCGGGUCGGCUAAGCCCUUCAACUUCCAAGCAGCGUAUGGACUUUCUGAGACAGAGGCAUUGGAAGUCAGCGACCACUUUCCGAUAGAAGUGGAAAUAAAGUAAAAUUGAGUUGCUUACAUUCAGAGUGAAAGAAUAAAAAAACGAUAUUCACAUCAUAAAACAUCACCACAGGACAACUUCAAUGGCUACUUUUAGAAUGUCACACGCUUAAAGUAAGCUACCCUACCACUGAAUAAAUGACCUUUUCAGAGCAGCUUGAUACAAAAGACAGUAACACCGAAAUUGGUGGUGGUUUAGGAGCCAUUUUAAAGCACGUAAACGUCCACAAACCCAAGGAAACCAUGGAGUGCAUUUCCAUCGCGGGAAAUGCCGCCUAUAAAGGUUGCAUGGCAAUCACAUUGCUACAAACAAGAAUCUGCUUGCAGAUGCACUAGUCUUUGUUUAAUGGGUUACGGUCAGUUUAUCAGCAUUUUACUUUCUUUGCUUCAGACAUGAUUGAGUGCUGCACACUUGAAUCUUCACAAUGUUGCCAUAUUUAUGCCAAGAUUUCCCAUGUCUGUUGCAAAUGGUCAUGUGCUACUACAGUUUAUCCUAACAUUAAAAAAGGAUAAUUAUUUUUCCUUGUCGAGCGUCCCAAAUAGAGUAUAACUUAGCGUGAAAUCGAUCUCGAGUGGGUUAACCGUUUGUCCAAAAUUCUCCGUGCAUCUGUGAUGCCGAAAAUCAAUUGAUGCUAUCACACACGUGACCAUGCGUUGAUAAGAAGAGCAAUGGGACACUACCAGUCGGCUGUUGCAUGGAUUUAUACCUAGAUAGCUUUAUCAAGCUGCUCUGGACAAGAACAACCAAGCCAAAAAAAUGGCGGGGGGGGAUAUUUUCCCAGCAAUGGGAAAGUUACAGGCAGACAACAUAAUUUUUAUGAUCUCAAUCUCAUUCAUAUCCCAAUCAUGUCCGGGAUUUUUUCUCCUUAAAGUGGGAUCACAUUAUUCAUUUAUAUAUCACAAAAACAUCCACUGUUGAUCUUUUUGUAAAGUUACUCAAAUAUGCAUUUGUGACAACUGCUCAGAAUUGAAACGAUUAAAACAUGUCGGCCGAAAAUAAAAAAUAAAAAUCUAUAAAACUUU